UGAGCUCCAUAAAAUCUUUACAUGGUGAGAAAAAAUAAAAACAGGAAUCAUGUUUAAAUUAGGAAAGAGAAAUAUAAUCUCAAGUUAUGAAAGUGACUUCCACUGAAAUAAUGAGUCAACCUACUAUCAGUCACGAGGUGGCGCCAUCGAACCGCAACAUCUCCUUCCUCCACAUAAACUGAGCAUCUUCCACCAGCAUGAGCAAUAUUAGCAUCCCGUGUGGGAACUUUUACAGGUAGUUACAUGAUAGUGGGUUGUACUUCACAUUACAGAAUUGUAUCAGUGUAUUUCAUUCGUUGUUGCUGUUAUUUCUGUUAUUGAUUCUAUACUCAGUGGAAUUCAUUGGGGGCGGCACGGCGGUGCGGUGGGUCGCCUCACAGCAAGUACUGUAGGUUCUGGGUUCGAUUCCCAGAGGCGGCCCUGGUGCCUUUCUGUGUGGACUUUGCACGUUCUCCCUGUGUUUGCGUGGGUUCUCUCCGGGUUCUCCGGCUUCUUCCCACAGUCCAAAGACGUGCAUUAGGUUGAAUGGCCUCUCUCCAUUGCCCGUAGGUGUGAGAGUGUGUGUGAAUGGUUGUAUGUCUCUGUGUUGCCCUGCGAUGGACUGGCAACCUGUCCAGGGUGGACCCUGCCUCUCCAGCUGGGAUAGGCUCCAGCUCCCCUGCAACCCCACGUACAGGAUUAAGUGGAAUAGAAGAUGGAUGAAUAAACUUUAGCAACACACCUGUCAGGAGGCAAACAGCAGCUUAGCAAACUUCACAGCCUAAAAAACAGGCCUACAGACCCCAAAGGGUCACAUGCAGUGUGUGAAAAACACAGCUGAGCACAACACUGCACUACAAACACAAAUUAAUACAUUUAUAUGUUUAUAUUUUUACAUUUUAUUAAAACAAAAAAAUAAAACAGAUUAAAAUGCAGAAGUGAAAGUGAAGAGUUUUGACAGAGGUUGUGGGUGGAACAUUUCUGUGUUAGAAAACAGUCUGGUGAAUGUUGUAUUUCCUCCAAGAACAUGACGAUGCAGCGCCUUCAAAUGCUGCUCUUCUUCCUCAUCGGUAAGUUUAAAUUACAAGUAAAGCAAAUUAAAACAAUACAUAAGGACACUUUGUCAGAAUGCUCACUUUUCUGCUCUGUUGUAACAACUCCUGCUGUUUUAUUUUUGUAGCUUCUCCCUGUUUUGUGAGCAGCAAAAGACCGUUGAUCCAUGUGUUUGGAUAUGAAGGGAGAGAAGCCAAAGUCUCCUGCUCUUAUGAUGCAGGAUAUGAGGAUUAUGAGAAGUACCUGUGCAGAAACGACUGUGGCAGUAAUGAUGUUCUCAUCACAACGACAGAAGCAAAGAAGAACAGAUUCACUAUCAGCGACGAUAUAAACAAGAAGGUUUUCACAACCACCAUCUCUAAUCUUCAGUAUAGUGAUGCUGGAAAAUACUGGUGUGGAGUGACAAUAAGUGGAAUACUAGAAGAUUUCUACCCUGCUGAAGUCAGGCUGCAGGUGGUGAAAGACACCUGCUGUGACAAUUCCACCAAAGUCCCAAGUUCUGAGGGAGGUUCUGUGUCCUUCACUUGUUCAUAUGAGUCUCGGUACCAGAACAACCUGAAGUACAUGUGCAGAGGAAACCGUCCGUCCACAUGUCUGCAGCAGGCAGUAGUCUCCUCCAUCAAGAAACAAGACACACGCUUCACACUGACUGAUGACAAGCUGUCAACAUUCACAGUGAACAUCACCAGUCUGACCCAACAGGAUUCUGGGUCGUAUCUUUGUGGAGUCCACACAAACACAGGCCUUGAUGUUUUCUCUGCUGUUGAUCUGGAGGUCAAAGAGUGGUGCUGUGUGAAGUCAAACAAACUAAGAAGCUCUAUGGGACAUCCAAUAACUAUGCAGUGUCCCUAUCCACCACAACAUGGGGCAAACAGGAAGUUCCUCUGUAAGGGAGACCACCACAGGAACUGCACAGACAUGAUGACUGACACCAGGUUCACUCUGCUGGAUAAUGUUUCUACCAGCUCUUUCUUGGUGAUGGUCUCAGAGCUGGCAGCAGGUGAUUCUGGGACGUACUGGUGUGGCUCAGACUCACACUGGAGCUUUGGAAACUACACCAACAUCCAACUGUCAGUAGAUGUUGCUGCCUUUAACGUUGUGGUUUUCAUUGUACCUGCUGUGCUGGUGUUUGUUCUGAUAUUUGUGAUGGUCAUGGUGUGUAAACACAAAUGUCACAAAGGAAAAGCAACUGGAGCCAACGUGGAAACAACACAACAACAACACAAGGCUGGAGAGAUCAGUGAAUCUGAUAUUUAUGAAAAUCAAGACGUGGUCGUGUCCUCAAAGCAGAGGAAGUCCAAACAGCAGAACAGCUGCUCCCGUUAUGAUGCAGGUGGAGCUGAGCAGGACUUGAUCGAAUCAUCCUUUUCCAUCAAUCUAUAUCCUGGGCAUUUUCUACACUCACACCAAGCAAACCUCCACCUCUUCAGCUGUUCCUCCCCCUGCUCUCUACUUUCACUGCAGAUCAAACAUCAUUGUCCAGGGAGAUUCCUGUCUGACCUCGUCAGCCUGUCCAUCAGCAUAGCAAACAAAAGCUGACCCUUGGUGUAGUCCUGUUGAACAAACUGGUUAGAAACUCCCUGCUGUCUCUCCUAGACACAGGUACGUCAUCAGCAACAACAGCCUUUCCACUCUUCAUCCUUUUCAGGGCCUUCCUCACCUCAUCCUUUCUAAUCUCUGCUAUUUCCUGCUCCACAGCAUCCACAUCUUCCUCCCUUCUUUCCCUAUCAUUUUCACCCAGCCUCUUCCUACCUGUUUCCCUGAUAACCUCUGCUGUAGUUUCCCAGUCAAGUGGAAGCUCUUCCUGACCACCCAGAACCUGCCUCGAGACGAAAAGAGACUGGAAAGAGACUGAAGCGGCUGGCUCCGGGCCACCAGGAACCGAUGGUAGGGCGACCUACUCCGGGAGGUCGGCAGGAACCGAAGCUGGGACGACCUUCUCCGGGAGGUCGGCAGGAACCGAAGCUGGGACGACCUUCUCCGGGAGGAGGGUGGAGCCGACAGGAACUAGAACGGCGUCCUCGGUGAAGCCGACGGGAACUAGAACGGCGCCCUCGGUGGGGCCGAUGGGAACUGUAGCUGGAAUGACCGAGUCAGGCCCGACAAGGACCAGACUGGUCUCACCUGGACCAGCGGUGGGUAACAUGACCGCCUCCCUAGGACCGACAGGGACAGGGACGGUCACUGCUACCAGGUUGGCAGGGCUGCUUGCGGUCUCCUCUCUGGAGCCGGCAGGGCUGCUUACGACCUUCGAGCUUGACGGGACGGGCGCUGAACCCGACUGGGCUACAGCCGGGUUCAGCGUGAGCGUGACGUGAUUUGACAGGAGCACAACGUGACCGGGCUGGAGCGUGAGCAUGACGUGAUUUGACAGGAGCACAACGUGACCGGGCUGGAGCCUGAGCAUGACGUGAUUUGACAGGAGCACAACGUGACCGGGCUGGAGCCUGAGCGUGACGUGAUUUGACUGGAGCCUGAACGGAGCACGACUGAACUGGGGCUGGAGCCUGAACGGAGCACGACUGAACUGGGGCUGGAGCCUGAACGGAGCACGACUGAACUGGGGCUGGAGCCUGAACGGAGCACGACUGAACUGGGGCUGGAGCCUGAACGGAGCACGACUGAACUGGGGCGGAAGCCUGAACGGAGCACGACUGAACUGGGGUGGGAGCCUGAACAGAGCAUGACUGAACUGGGGCUGGAAACUGAGCAGAGCACGGCUGGGCUGGAAACUGAGCAGAGCACGACUGGGCUGGAACCUGAGCGGGACACGACUGGACUGGUACUGUCUGUGAUUCUGUGGCGAGAACGGGGGCAUGAGACGGCGGACCGCACGAGUGCAGGAAGUCUUCCCAGCGGAGUAAACAUGGAGCUGGGCAGGCUGGUGCAGCAAACACGAUCUAACAAUCUGGCAAGGUACUGGGGUGAGAGGUGGUGCUUAAAUGCUAGGUGACCUGAUUACAGAUGAGCUGCAGGUGUGAGUAAUGAGAACCAGUACUGGCAGGGAACAGCUGUGAUAUGACGUUUAGCAGGAAGUCCUUUCAACAUACUGUAAAAGUGGAAGUGAAACCAAGACGUGACCGUGAGUCCUUCAAAAUAAAACCAGAGAAAGGACAGACAUUACCGAAAGGAAGGACUGCAAAAUAUAACAAGGAGCAGGACCAAAAACUGUGACACUUUACACCAAACCUUCCCAACACCUCCUCAUCACCUCUGUUCCCCUCAGCUUCUUCUCCAGCUAUUUGCGGAGGGUACCCACUGACUACAUUCACCAUCACCCCUUCGAUUUCUAGCUUCAGGCUCAUCACCCUUUCUUAGACUCUUUUCACCUCUAGAACACUGUUCACAAACUUGCCCUUCAGGAUCACUCCUACCCCUUUUCUCGUCCUAUCUACACCAUGGUAGAACAGUUUGUAUCCUCAUCCACUCCGUGCUUUGCUGUGCUUCCACGUCAUCUCCUGCACACACAGUACAUCUACCUUCCUUCUCUCCAUCACGUCUGCCAGAUCACUGGCUUUCUCUUUCAUUGUGCCAACUUUAAGUGUCCCUAUUCUCAGAUCUAUCCUGCCUUUCCUCUUCUCUCUCUGUCCACAAAUCCUUCUCCUUCUUUGACCAGUCCAAUUUCCACCGACACCCUGUAGGUUAACAGCAUCUGUGGCAUUCAAUGUUCAUCCAAUAUGAAAGUGGACAAUUCGCAUGGUUGCUUUUGGCAAGUUUUAUGCCGGAUGCCCAUCCUGAUCCAACCCUCUCCAUUUAUCUGGGCAUUGGACCGGCACAAAGGUUACUGGCUUGAAACCCCUGUGCUAGAUUGCUGAAUUGUAACAAUCGAUUAAUAGAAAUCAUCAACAUGUGUGUCCUAACCUCUAGAGUCCCUGCAUCCUCAUUUGAGGACUGCACAUUUUGGGUUUCCUCCUACUAGUUAAGAUGUUGGACACUGAACACUACAGCAGAGCACAUAGAAAUAUGAGGGUACGGUGAACUAACACAGCCUAGGAGAUAACAAUGUUUCACCUAAGGCAACAUAAUUAAUAAGCAAAGACAAAGACAGUACACAACAGUAACAACAGACAUCCACUACACACAUCAGGCAUCAUGGAUGAGGGAGACUCUGUAAGUGUCACAGAGACAUAUUUAAUUUAAAUUAUUUCCUGAAACAAAAUGUUCUUAUUUUGAAAGUAUGUCCAAGCCUUUAUUUUGAUGUACGGGUCACUGGCGGGAGUUUGCGAGGAGCAUUGUGGGUCAGUAGCAUGAGGGCAAAGGAGAGACGCUAACUGCUGGUAAUUCUGCGCACGAUCCCAGAGGCGCACACGGUAAUUGUGGCUUAAUGUUGUCGAUGCAAUUUGUCGUGUACAUGUUCAAAGCAUAUAUUUCAUUCUAUUGUUGUAGUUUUCACGGUGUCUGAUGAUGAAGAAGCGUAAAUAAAGAGCGUCAAAGACA